AUGAAUAGCAUCGAAAGUCCUGUCAGUAUCCCAGAGACAGAUAAAGAAUCUUUAGUUUUACCAGUUCUUACACCUCAAGAACGAAUUGAUUCAGUUUAUCAACAAUUUUCACCCAAGGUUAGAGAAUUCAAUUCAAGUAUUACCUCUGCAGAUUGGGGUACUAUUAUAGGAACAAUUAUUGGUUUCACUCCAGAGGUUGGUAAUCUCCUCAAGACUGGGUUUGGAUUAUUAUGGGGCCAUAUUUUUUCCAACAAUGGUAAAUAUAUAACUAAAGAUCAGUUCGACAAUGCAAUGGACGAUCUUUAUAGAAAAGUAGAAGAAAUGGUGGACGAUAAGUUGGAUCAAGAUGAAAAAAACAGAUGCACUUUAAAGUUUGAAGAUUGUCAAAAUAGAGGAAAUAAUUUCAAUGAUUUGAUAACUAUCUACAUAGAGAGAAAUCAAGUUAAAGCUGGAUUAAAAGUCAACACCUCUUUGGAACAUCGAGUUGAACCUCCUUCUCACUUACAACAACUUUCCGAUGACAAUCUUCUCGAAAUGAUAAGAUCAGAAUUUUUGGGUCUUAGAGACUCCCUUGAAGGAGCAAUCAUCGAUUUUUCAAAUAAAUUGUAUUCACACAUCAUGGGAAAUCUUUUAUCAGUCACAAUGAUGAUGUAUAUCAAUCUCAUGAGAGAUGCUAUCCUCCAAGGAAUUUCAUGGGGUUUACCAAGUGAUUAUAUCAAUGGUACUACCAGUGUACCAUCUUUAAAGUCAAAGGUUCAUGAUAGAGUUAUACAGUUCCACCAUGAUUUGGCACAUUGUCUCUAUUCAACUUGUUAUAAAAGGCUACCAUUUCCUUUUGAACUUGAAGAUUUACCUGAUAAUAGUGCGGGAGUUUAUGGUCGUAUAAAUGAACUAGACCUCAUUGAAUACCCACUUCCAGUUGUCCGUCAAGCCGGAAAAAAUGGAAAUUUUGAUCUUAGUACAAACAAAGGUUUUAAAACAUUUAAGCUCAAUAUUCAUGAUACUUCUCUCGGUAAUGAUAAAUUUGGCAAAAUCACUGAUACUGUAAAUGGAACCAUUCCUUAUUCUUUUUCCAAAAAGGGAGAAACAGCUGUUAUUACUAUUACCAAUGGAUCUGGCUGGAUUUCAAAUCCCAAAUUGGCAUUUACUGUUGAAAGAGAAUUUACUGAGGUACUUAAUGAUACAAAAAUGUUUGAUUUUAGAGUAAUGGGUAAAACUCAGACCAUUGAUAUGUCCGGCCAAAAUGCAGCAUCUAAAGGAGAUAGACUCACAUUCUAUACAGCUGUGGAUCCAGAUUUGUAUGAUGUUAAUUAUAAUGAUCAUCGUGAAUCAAAAAUAUUGCGUUACAAUUUAAAAGGUGCUUUUCAAACUUUGGAAAUUGUUAUUACAGCUUUAGAUGCACCAUUAACUAAAUGGUUAUAUACAAUUGAACUCACAAUGGAAUAA